GCUCAUGCCUCCAGCUUGCAAAGCGCAUUGCCCGCAUACGUAACCCGACGGCUAACACGUGUAGCCAUUCCAUUGGACGAUAGCUAUGCCCAGCCUAAUUCAUUUCAGUCCUCUUCUUCUUCUUCUCCUCCGUCGGUCUGGACCAAAAAGAGCUCUCCCUAUCUCUCUUCCCCCCUCUCCCCCUCUCCACUAUAUUUGCUUAAACAAGCUUCCCAUGGCAGGAAAGAUCUCCACAUUGAUCUUGACCGUUGACCUCGAUUGUUACAUAUGUUCUAAGAAGAUCCGGAAGACCAUCUGCAAACUCCAAGACCGAGAGCAAAUCCAAACUGUCACUUUUGAUGAGAAGAACAAUACUGUAACCAUUUCUGGCUUCUUCGAUCCCCAAAAAUUAAAGAAGAAGCUCCUAUGCAAAGCCUGUAAGGUAAUUAAGGAGAUUAAGAUCAAGGAGGAGGACAAAAAACCGCCGCCUCCGAAGGACACCAAACCGCCCGAACCGGAGAAACCCAAACCGCCCCCACCCGAGAAACCCAAGGAGCCGGCCCAGCCGGAGAAGCCUAAGGAGAAACCCAAGGAGCCGGAGAAGCCUAAGGAGAAGCCCAAGGAGCCGGAGAAGCCUAAGGAGAAGCCCAAGGAACCGGAGAAACCUAAGGAGAAGCCCAAGGAGCCGGAGAAGGAGAAGCCCAAACCACCGCCCAAAGAACCGGAGAAGGAGAAGCCUAAAGCGCCUGAGCCGGCUCAAGGGAACCAGCCGGUCAGUCAGCCCGGUCCACUGGUGCCAUGCUGCUGCUGGAGACCAUGCUAUGAGCAGUACUACGGCGGCUGUCGGUGCUGCUCUUGUGGGAUGUUCUACGGGUGGACGGGGCCGCCAUUGCCACCGGCUAUGGGCACUCCGUCAACUUCCACGUGUCAGUUUUUCUGCGAGGAGGAUCCUUCUACAUGUACCGUUAUGUAAUAAUAUCGUCCCUUUCAUUCAAAUUAUGAGCUAUUAAUUGACACGACAAAUAAAGCUGUGCUCCUCUCUAUAAUGCAUUGCGUUAUAAUAACUUAAAAGAUAUAUGUCAGUUCUAUAAUAUUUUGUUCUCUUUGUUUGAAUAUGUAAUUUUGUUUUUAUCUUGGUGAAAGAUAUAUGUUAAUUUUGUAAUAUUUUAUUUUGUUUAUUACCUUGGUGGCAAGUGAGUGGC